AUGCCACUAUCCACUUUCGCAAAUGGUCUUGUUCACGCUCUGAACUAUCUAAAUGCGAGCACGAUGGCCACUCUCGUUGGCCAGGUACCUGAGAUAUUUGAACUGAAAUUGGCAAGUACUAGUAGUGGCAGCGGCAGCGAUAAACACAUUUCUUCAAAACAAAUAACACUACUCGCACCCCUCAAUGAAGCUUUUCACGGCAGCGGAAUAUCACAACUAAGCACGAGCGACCUCCAGGAUCUACUAAAUUACCAUAUACUCGAUGUUUGGAUACCCAAUCGUAAUGGCAGAUACGUUUCACCUAGCCUUCUCACGAGAUACACUGACCUGCCCCACUCGCACCCCACACAAUCACUCAUCGUUGACGUAAAUGGGAGUUUCACAACAAUCGUUACUCCUCUCUCUCGUCUGUGUGUUCAAGCCAAGUCAUCCUACAUGCACCUUCACAUAUGGACAAUACCGCAAUUGAUCCAGAUCCCUGAAGAUUUUUUCAAUACUCUCUCAGCCAUGAAGAUGGACCAAGUUGCCGAUUUUGUUUCUAGCGCUUUUCUCGCGCAUGUAAUUAGGGGCAUGACCGGUGUUACAGCUUUCGUGCCUACAUCUCAGGCAUUUUAUGAGCACCAUCAUCACAAUAAACAAAAUCACCAAGACAAUAAGCGCGAUAUCGCGCUGAGACACUUCUCUACUAAUAGAACUCUCAUCUAUUCGUCUGAUCUCGUCGAUGGUAUGUCCCUGGAGACCCUCUAUGGUACCUGCGUCGCUAUCGUUAAUGGUCUCGACGGUAGGAAGAAAGUCGUCGGGAAUGACGGGUAUACUACUGCCAAUAUACUCAGAACUGACAUCUUACUGUCUAAUGGUGUGAUUCAUAUUAUCGAUAAAGUGCUGUAA